UAGUACGCUAAAUAUAAUUGUUGCAAAAUGGCUUCAAUAUUACGUUCAUCAAAAUUUGUUCGAUAUAUCGUUGGUUUUACACGAAAUGUAACAGUGAAUCCUGUUCGGGAUUUAGAUACCACAGCCAUACAAAAUGGUCAAUGUCUUUGCAGUAUUUUAACCAGAUCGCUUGCUUCACAAAAUGCAACCCAACAUUCAACAAACGAUUUAUCAUUAGAAAAGAGUAUUAAAAGAUUAGAUCAAGAUGUACGUAGAUCGGGACGAAUAUCUAGACGUGACAUAGAAGAUAUUCUAGAUGAAAUACGCCAUUCUCAGUCUCCUUCAAGUUCACAAUCGUUGUUAAUUAUACGAUGUUGUGGUAAUUUAGUACCUGAAGAGCAACCAGAAAUUCGAACAAAACUCGUACAAGAAAUAUGGAAGACGUUAAAUAAAUUAAAUGUUCCUAUGGAUGUGUCACAUUAUAAUGCCCUGUUGAGAGUGUAUUUAGAAAAUGAGUAUGAAUUUUCACCCGUAGAAUUUUUAGCUGAAUUAGAAAAACAAGGUAUUGAACCGAAUCGUGUGACUUAUCAGAGACUUAUAUCUCGAUAUUGUCAAAAAGGUGAUAUUGAAGGUGCUACCAAAAUUUUGGAAUUUAUGAAAGAAAAACAACUUCCUGUUAAUGAAAAUGUAUUUAAUGCACUUAUUAUGGGACAUUCACAAGCUGAUGAUAUGGAAUCGGCAAAAGGAAUAUUGGGAGUUAUGCAACAAGCUGGCUUAGAACCUAGUGCAGAUACAUACACAACCCUAUUAUGUGGAUAUGCUCGAAAAGGAGACAUCACUUCGAUUAGUGAUACGAUAAAAAGUUGUGAAGAAAAAGAAAUAACAUUAUUGGAUAAAGAUUACAUGGAUAUAAUUUAUGCACUAGCUACAAACGGUCACGGAAGCUACGCACCAGAAUUAUUAAGUAAAAUGCGAAAAUCGUUUGGCUACAAUCAAGAUUGUAUUAAUUUAAUUCUAAAAUUAAUCAAUAAAAAUCAAGAGGAAGUCGCUCUAGAAGUCUUAAAAUCAAUGACACGUGGUACUAGUGCUGAAGAAAAAGCACCAGUUGGUGGAUUUUUUAUUUCACAAAUGGUAAAAAGUAAACGACCUGUUGAAAAAAUUAUAUCAAUUGCUAAGUACUUAGAAAAUGAAAAUUUAAAUCCUCGUGCUUUAUUAAUUGCGGCUGAUUCCGCGCUAAAAGAAGCUAAUUUAGAUAUGGCAUUACCGAUUUUAAAAGAAAUACAAAAACAUGACUUACCUGUGCGAUCACAUUAUUUUUGGCCGUUAAUUAUCACGGAAAGUAAGAAAAAUGGAAAUGACGGUGUACAAAAUGUUCUAAAAACAAUGAUCUCGACUUUUAAUUUGUCUGUAACCGGUGAAACAAUACGCGAUUAUGCAAUUCCACAUAUGAAAUUUACUACACCGGAUCAGUGUAUUUUAAUGUUACGAGAUACAGGUGUUUCAGUUGCAUCGGCUGCUUCAAAUUUAGUUUACCAUUAUUUGGUAAACAAUGAUUUAAAAAAUGCCGCAGAUGUUGCAUUCCGAUACUCGUCACAUUAUUCCCCAGUCUUGUUAAAACGACCACUCGCAUUAACAUAUUUAAGAACAAAAGAUACGGAAUCAUACAUAAAAUUAGUUCGACAAAUUCAUGAUAAUCUAAAACGUGCUGAUACUGCAUUACAAAGUUCACAAGAAGAUAAUGAAACUGUUGAAGAUGCUUCAAGUACAACCUCAAAUCGUUUUGAUCCCCCACACGUUGUUGGUCAAUUAGUUCUCGAUAUUGCAGUGAUUGGGAAAAAUGACCGUGCUCAAAAUUUGUCAGAUGUACUUUUGGGUCUUAUUAAUGAGGGUUUAAGUAUAAGUAACAAAUCUGCUGAACGUUUACAAGAAUUACUUGGUGAAAAAAUCACUCCGGAAAUUACAACAUAUUUAAGUAAAUUAACAUCCGGUGAAUUAACACCCAUUCCAUUAAUAAAAUCGGCAUCGAAAAAUGUAACUUCAAUUCCAAAUGCAAUUCAAUUAGAAAAAUCGAUUAAAAUCGCCGAAGAACGCGGAGAAAAUGUAAAUGGUUUAAAACGACAAUUAUUGAGUAUUUAUUGCAAAAAUAAGGAGACGGAAAAAGUUGAAACAUUUUUACAAAAUUUAAAAAGUGAUUUUGAAAUAACAAAUGGAAUUUACGCACAAUUAAUCGAUUUGUAUUGUUCUGUUGAAAAUUUGGAUAAAGCAUUGCAUUAUAAACAAAAAUUAUACGAACUAGAUCCUAAUUUUUGUAUGGACGAUGUAAAAGUUAUCAAAUUAGUUUCAUUAUUAUGUAAAAAUAAUCGCAUUGACGAUGCAAUUGAGUAUCUUAAAAUUCAGUCUCGAGAACGGAAAUUAGACGAACGUACUUUUGGAUAUAAUAAUCAGUGCUGGAAAUUGUUGAUGACUCUAGCUGAAGAAGGAAAAACUGAAGAUCUUAAAAAAUUAUUUAACACGCUAAUUGAAAAAGAUUACAUUGAAAUUUCGAAUGUUAUGUUAGGUCCUUUAAUUAAAGUACACUUGGUUAACAACGAUUUACCGAAAGCAAUUGAGGAAUUCGAAGAAUGUUGCCAAAAAUAUCGAUGCACACCGUUUAAAAAUGAACUAACCUGUAAAUUAAUUCAAAAUGAGGACGCAACCAAUUUACAAAAAUUGACCGAUUUAAGUACAAGUAUUCAUGGAGAGGUAAACAGUCUAUAUGAUCUAGUUUUUGCAUUUGUUGAAUGUGGACGCGUUCGCCAAGCACGUAAAAUAUUAGAAACACCUGGUUUACGAAACCGCCAACAAAGAGUUAAUUCCAUAUGUGAGCGAUACAGUUUAGAGGGACAAACAGAUCCACUUGAAGGGUUAAUUGAAGCGACGAAAGAUUUACAUCAUAUUGAUCGCUCGAAUAUAUUUUUACAUUUAUUGAACUCUUAUAUUAAGCAAGAUGAUGUUGAUAAAGCUCUAGGAUUAUGGACACGUAUGCAAGAAGAAGAUACUCAACCCUCUGAUGAAUUUUUACUUAAGUUAGGCAGCUUUUUGAAGACCAAGGAAAGAAAUGUACCAUUUACAAUUCCUCAAAAAAGUGCAGUUAAAAAACCAGAAAGUAUAUCUCCACAAUCAUCUCAAUCAAGAAAAGAAGAUGAAGCAAUUGCUUCAAAUGAUUUAAAAGCAUUCAGAACUGCACUAAAAAAUUUUGAAAUAGAUAAAGCGUUAGAAUUAAGAAACAAAAUUAAUCCCAGUCAAUUAUCGUUAUUAGAUACAUCGUCAGUUAUCGAAACUCUAGUACAAUCCGAACGAUUAAACGAAGCGAAAAAAGAAGUUAUGAAUAUGAUUAAUACAAAUGCAUAUCCAAUUCCACGUGUAUUUCGAUUUUUCUUAAAUAAAUUGGCCUUAUCCGGUGAUGUUGAUACGUUAAACGCUAUUGGUGAAAAAUUAAAACCGGAAUUGAAAAAAUUAGUUUCAUUUGAUAAUCGAUUAUGUCAUGCAAAUAUCGUUGCAGGAAAAUCUACUGAAUUUUUAUCAUCAUUAGAUUCAAUUAUUGAAAAUGCGAAAGAUGAACAAUUACCGGACAUUGCAAAUCAAUUUCCAAGAGGUGGUGCAAUGGGAAUAUUAGAAUCACAUCCAGAACUUGUACCAAGAUUUGAAGAAAUUGCCAUAAAAUACGCAAAUCGUGGAAUCAUAGCACCAGCAAAUGUACUAUGGAUGAAAUAUUUCAUAAGCAAAAAUACAGAGGAUGCAAAUCGUAUAUGGGAAAAAUAUUUAAAAGACAGUCCCAGAAUUAUGUUCCAGCGUAUUGUACAGUAUGCACGUGAAAGUAAAGAUGAUGAACUCGCACGUCAAUUAAUACAAGUUUUAAAAUCAACUAAAGUUACCGAGGGUGCGUUUGGAAACGCUUACAGUUGUUUAUUAGACGUGUUAGUUGCCAAAGAAGAAUAUGAAGUCGGUUUAAAAGAAUUACAAAACGCUGUAAAUGAUGUAUGCUUAGAAAAUAUCAAUCGUACAGCUUUAACACGAUUAAAACAAGGUUUAACACAAUUAGGGAAACCAUUCCCAUAUGAAAUUCCACCAAAAAAUGCUAAAUCUAGUUCGAGUAGUAGUAGCGAUGAUGAGAAAAAGAAGUAAAAAUGUGUUCAGAAAUGUCUGUUGUUACAAAGUCUGUUAGUAUUUUUUUUUGUUAUGUUUAGUUUUUUUUGUAUUCUUAUUUUAAUGUCACGUGAUAAUUUAUAAUUUUAUUAAAAAUAUUCAUUCUUUGUUGAAAGCAUUGAAUUGUGAAUCAUAUUAUCAUCCUUAGUGUUUCAUAAUCAUCCUAUCCAAACGCUUAUGCAUGAGGAGACAGGUCUAAUCCACAUUUGAAUACGUUUCGGUUUCUGUUAGAUAAAGUGACAAACUUUUAUAGUGAAGAAGAGGGGUAGUUUAUCCAUAAAAAUGCAUGAGUACACAUUUGCUUAUGGGUUUUUAGAUCAAGUUGUUGUUCAGCCAGUGUGGAGUCUAUAACUCGGUUUAAUAACUUCGGUAAUAAUAUAGAACUCUAGUUAGUUAAGUAAAGUCAUCGAUGUAUAGCGCGC